AUGGAUGAAUUAGAAAGAUUACAUGGGGAGACUUACACGUAUUUUGCUGCUGACAAAAUGAUUCGGGAUGAUCAUGGAAGGGAUUCGGAUUUUACAACUGAAUUUCUCAACAAUUUAAGUCCACCAGGAACACCUCCAUUUAAGCUAGACCUCAAAGUUGGAUGUCCCAUUAUGUUGCUGAGAAAUCUGGCACCGAAAGAAGGCCUUUGUAAUGGUACAAGACUGGUGGUGACGAGGUGCGGACGACACGUGAUUGAAGCUAAAAUCAUAACUGGAGAAAAAGCUGGUGAAGUAGUAUUCAUCCCUAGAAUAACUUUUCAACCUUCAGCUUCAGAGCUAAACAUACAAAUGGAAAGACGUCAAUUUCCCAUACGCGUUGCAUAUGCGAUGACUAUUAACAAAUCCCAGGGACAAUCGGUGAAGUAUGUGGGAAUUGAUUUACGUACUCCAGUAUUUAGUCAUGGUCAGCUAUAUGUCGCAUUGUCCAGGUGUACUGCUGCAUAG